CCAUUUCAUAUUGUGGGCUAAAGAUUAGAGGACGAAUGAUUCAAUUAUGAGCAUUUGGUGUUGGUAAGCCAUUUCCGUGGUGUAAAUUGUGAUGUGAAGUGGAGUUAAUAUACUGUGCAGAUGGGGUCUUUUCCGCGGCCUAGUUCACAGAUGACGCGGUACACGAACCGUGAACAGAAGGCUCUACCAUCACGGCCGAGCUCCCAGAUGACCAGAUACACGGCGAACGAUCACUUUAUGUAUGACCAUGACAACUUAAACGACCACGAAUUGACGAGGAUUGAGCGGCUGGCGCUGUCGCGGCCGAUCAGUCAGAUGACCCGCUACUCCAGCCCGCCGCCUUACUCUCGGCUCUCAAUGGUUAGCCCUACAUAUCACAGCCACCACUCGCGGGUGUCUAUGGUCAGUCCAUCGCCGCACACUCCACAGUCACGACCCGCAUCUGUCGUAUCGAGAUAUUCUAGAGCAGGGGCCACAACUCCGAAUUUCAAACUCACAAAAGGAAAUCCCAUGAAGUGCAAUGUCUGUACGAAGAAUCUAGAUUAUCAAUGGGUAUUACCUGGCCUGCACAAUUUCUGCACGCAUUGUCUAGAAGACUACAUUCUCCGCCACAGCCGCGGCAAGCACUGCCACUGCCCCAUCUGUCGGGCCGGAAUCCGCCUCCCGAAAGAAGCGAAGACGCCCAGGAAGAACGGCCGCAUGCCACUUAGUCCAAACCUUCUUAUAUGUGACGUUUGUGAUGACAGUCCGGCCUUCUUCAAAUGUUCCGAAUGUAACGAGUACUUUUGUGAGAAAUGUAACAAACUUCAUUUAAGGAUGAAAAUGUCAAAAGAUCACCAUGUGAAUAUUAUCCCUUCUAUACGUGCUGUAAACGACAAACUACGAGUACGGGUAUAUUGCGACGACCACCAGCAUGAAGAAGUUAAGUUCUUCUGUAGAAAGUGUGAUGUGCCGAUAUGUCGGGACUGUAAGGUCAUCAGUCACGAGGGUCAUCUGACCGAGCCCCUAAAAGAAGCAGUUGAUGAGCGAAAACUGCGGGUUUCCUCAGCAAUGACCACCGCUAGGGGUCACCUAGCUCGGCUCAAAGCAGAGUCUAUCGAGAUAAGAAACCGAAAAACGGCACUUGAAGACGAGACCGAGCAAACCACAAAUGACAUCAAACAACACACUCAGAAGAUCAAAGACAUCGUGGACGAACACUCCGAGCAUCUCAUACAGACGGUGCGUCAGCAACACGACGAAAAUAUCUCCAAGCUUGAUAAUUGUCUAGAGGCGGUCAGCAAUAAAAUGGAGAACACGAAGGGCACUCUGGACUCCGCCUCAAUACAGAUGGACACCUCUAACGACGUCGCCUUCCUCGCCGCUAGUGCAGAGAUCAUUGAAACCCUUAGAACCGCCGACGUGCCAUCAUUCACGGACAAACUGUGGAGGAAGCGUCACAACUUCCAGAAAGGCGGAAUAGACGAGAUUUCCCUGCACCAAGCGGUAGGGGAGCUUAAGUUUUUGGCGGAGGGGCUGUUUGUCCCACUUCCGGCAAUCGAGCUUCAGCUGUUUUCUAGUUUCGAUUGUGACCAGCACUUUCCAAGCGCUACAGCAGUCACCACCCAGUCGGACGGCAGUGCCUGGGUGUGUAACGGCUUCAAAAAUAAGAUUCAGCGGUUUGAUAUCAAAGGGAGACUACUACAGGAAGAGACGACGGAGUUUGACAUCGACGAUAUGAGCACCUUGCUGGACGGAACUGUCCUAAUGACGGAGUUCGACGGCAAGUGUAUACGCAAACUGGCUUCGAAGAAUAUUGACUCUUACUUUGCCAAGACUGAGCUGUUUCUCCGUGGAAUUUGUACGUCGCGUGACGGAACUAAUGUCGUUGUUCUCGGAAACGACGUUCCAAUCACACAAUAUAAACAAGUGCGAAACGCUAAGAUCUUGAUGUUUUCUACCACGGGUCAGCGAAUUCGUGAAAUAAAAAUCAACCGCGGCCUCAGUCUAUUUCGUGUCUGUCACACAGUGAACGGAGACUUUGUCGUCUCGUCCGGAAUUUCCGGCAAGUAUUUGGUAAUCAACUCUGAAGGCACGACCAAGUACACUUACACUGCUUCUGGUAGCGCGGACGGCGUGGCCUGUGACGCCCACGGACUUACCAUCCUCUCUGACCUGAAGGAUGACACCAUUCACCUGCUGGACAGCAAGGGGAAACCGCUCCCAUUUACUUACACCCUCAAUCAGCCGAACGCCGUGGCCGUCGACAACCGGGGAUAUAUCUGGGUCGGCGACCUACACAAGAUUCGUAUUAUGAAAUAUGUCUGAGGCAAGCUCAUCCACGGCCGCAUUAGUUAUUGUGUUCUCUAACAAAAAUGCACUGUCUAAAUGGUAAUUUUAAAAUGUGUGUUUUUAAAUGUGUGUGAAUACACCCGUUAGUUUUCUUUUCUUAUUAUACAUGUAUGUUACUUUAUUUAAACAAUAAUUCUUUUAAGUUAUGCGUGUUUUUGUACAUUUUAUUAGCAAUUCAGUAGUAAGACAGUA